GGGCGGGAGCAGCUGAAGGUCCGCUCGGCUGCCUGGGCUGUCCUCUCGCGCGCGGCGCUGGCCGGGGCGGCGGCGGCGAAGGAGGAGGAGGAGGAGGAGAAAGGCGGCGGUGGCGGCGGCGAAAGAGGAGGGGAGGACGGGGGCGGCGUCGGACUGGAGCCGAGCGGCGGCGCGAGCUGCUCGGGGCGCAGUCGUGAGCUCGCCCGCCGGGCCCCCACCCCCGAGCUACACCCUGCCGUGCCCUGCGUCCGUGCCCCCGCGGGGAGCGCGCCGGGGCUGCCCCCCGAAUGACGGGCGGAAGGUUCGACUUCGACGAUGGCGGCACCUACUGCGGCGGCUGGGAGGAGGGCAAGGCGCACGGGCAUGGCAUCUGCACGGGGCCCAAGGGCCAGGGCGAGUACUCGGGCUCCUGGUCGCACGGCUUCGAGGUGGUCGGAGGCUACACCUGGCCCAGCGGCAACACCUACCAGGGCUACUGGGCGCAGGGCAAGCGGCACGGGCUGGGGGUGGAGACGAAGGGCAAGUGGAUGUACCGGGGGGAGUGGUCACAUGGUUUCAAGGGGCGCUACGGGGUCCGGCAGAGCCUGUGCACCCCCGCUCGCUACGAGGGUACCUGGAGUAACGGGCUGCAGGACGGGUACGGCGUGGAGACCUACGGGGACGGAGGUACCUACCAGGGCCAGUGGGCCGGAGGCAUGCGACACGGCUAUGGCGUGCGCCAAAGUGUGCCCUACGGCAUGGCCACGGUGAUCCGCUCUCCGCUGCGCACGUCGCUGGCCUCGCUGCGCAGCGAGCAGAGCAAUGGCAGCGUCCUGCACGACGCCGCGGCAGCGGCCGACAGCCCCGCGGGCACCCGGGGUGGCUUCGUGCUCAACUUCCAUGCCGAUGCUGAGCUGGGCAAGAAGAAGGGCGGCCUGUUCCGCAGGGGCUCCCUCCUGGGCAGCAUGAAACUCCGCAAGUCUGAGUCCAAGUCUUCCAUCUCCAGCAAGCGCAGCUCGGUGCGCAGUGAUGCAGCCAUGAGCAGAAUUAGUUCCAGCGAUGCCAACUCCACCAUCAGCUUCGGCGACGUCGACUGUGAUUUUUGCCCGGUGGAAGACCACGUGGACGCCACCACCACAGAAACCUACAUGGGCGAGUGGAAGAAUGACAAGCGCAAUGGUUUCGGCAUCAGUGAGCGCUCCAAUGGCAUGAAGUACGAAGGCGAGUGGGCAAACAACAAGAGGCAUGGAUAUGGCUGCACUGUGUUUCCUGAUGGCUCCAAAGAAGAGGGAAAAUACAAAAAUAAUAUUCUGGUCCGUGGAAUAAGGAAGCAGCUUAUACCCAUAAGAAAUACAAAAACUAGGGAGAAGGUGGACAGAGCAAUUGAAGGCGCGCAAAGGGCAGCCGCCAUGGCAAGAACCAAAGUGGAAAUAGCAAACUCCAGGACUGCACACGCCAGAGCAAAAGCUGACGCCGCCGACCAGGCCGCGCUGGCCGCCCGCCAGGAAUGUGACAUCGCAAGAGCUGUGGCCAAGGAGCUAUCACCUGAUUUCUACCAACCAGGCCCCGAUUACAUCAAACAGAGAUUUCAGGAAGGCAUGGAUGCUAAAGAAAAUCCUGAAGAAAAGGUACCAGAAAAGCCACCGACACCAAAGGAAUCACCUCAUUUCUAUCGCAAAGGCACGACACCCCCCAGAUCUCCCGAGGCAAGCCCCAAAGAGAGCCACUCUCCCCAGCCUCCCUCGCCAAAGCCCCCGAAGAAGCAAAACCCCAGCUCAGGGGUAAGACUCAGUCAAGAUAAAAGGAGUGUGGCUGAUGAGCAGGUGACAGCCAUUGUCAAUAAGCCCCUGAUGUCAAAGGCUCCCUCAAAGGAGGCAGGAGCAAUCAUGUCCAAGUACUCUGGCCGCCACCAUGUCCCCAACCCCAGUAACGGAGAGCUGCAUUCUCAGUAUCACGGCUACUAUGUGAAGCUGAAUGCCCCCCAACACCGUCCAGAAGCCGUGGAGGAGGAGGAUGGAUCGAGCCAGUCUCCCUCAGCUCUGGCACACAGGCCAUCACCCAACAAGUGGAGUCCUCCUAAAUCUGUGACAAAACCAGUUGCCAAAGAAAGCAAAGCUGAGCCAAAAGCAAAGAAGUCUGAACUUGCUAUACCAAAGAAUCCAGCAAGCAAUGAUUCGUGCCCUUCUUUGGAAAAAGAAGCCAAUUCAGGCCCUAAUUCAGUCAUGAUUGUCCUUGUCAUGCUGUUGAACAUCGGGUUGGCCAUUCUUUUUGUUCACUUUCUAACUUGAUUGGAAUAGGACAGCAGCCCAAUCCGGUGAAGUUCUUGGCAUUGGCUACUCCAUCUGUCCUAGCAGAGUGUGACUAAACUGGAAAUGUAUGGAGCUGCAUUUUUUUUUUUUUUUUUUUGAUGGAAGUCAACAGCUGCCCUACUAUUUUACCAUCUGACGUUUUUAGUAGUGAGCUGGGGAAACGACUGCCUGAGGAAUGCGGUCGGAGGAUUGUGUUGCUGUGGACAUGGUUCCAACAUUCACUCCUAUCUCAUUAGAAGAAAUAGGUAGCAGCAUCACUCACCAGUCUCUGCCAUGACCUGCUGCUUUAACAUCUCCUGGAAUGUUCUGGGAGAGAACGUACGUUUGCUUGUGCACGCACGACUCUGCUCAUUUUUGCUGUUGAUUUAAAUAUGCUGUAUACUCAUCUGCCACCUGCAGCCCUGGCCAGAAGAAAUACACAGGUUGCAUCUCAAGGAAAAGACACAACAAAAUGCUAGUGAAAAUGUGUGUGUUUUGAUAGCAAUAUAUCAUUUGUCAUGUCAUUUAUUCUUCCUAAACCUAUAAAAAGGCUACUUAUCUUUAAAAAAGGCUACUUUAUCUUCCUAAACCUAUAAAGAUAAGGCUACUUAUCUUUAAAAUCUGAAGGCCUUAUACCUUUCUAAGAAAUAAUUUCAUUUAAAAAUUUUUAACAUUACCAAGGUGAAAUAUGUAUGCACUUAGGAGGUGCUAAAGUUUAAAAGCUGAAAGACAACAGAAUUCUAAGAACUAUGGUCAAAAUGUUGCAUGGAUUGCAGUAAUCAGUGUUUAAAGGAUUCGGUUUCAUUGCUGACGUAGUUUACAACCAAGUAAAAUCUAGUCAGAGGCUAAUGUUAAUUCCCAUGAAAGUUAAGCAAGAUACUAUUAAUAACUGCUCUUCUUUUUCUUUUCUGUUCUUUUUUGUUUGUUUGUUUCCAACUUAAAAUUUUUGUCAGAUGUAUUCAGGUAGAGCAUAAAGCUUUGUUAAAUCACUGCUUCUCAAUUUUCUGCCUUUUGUGUUUUUUCAAAGUCCUUUUGUAACUUCAUUUUGAAUUUUAAAGGCCUAGACAUUUUUAUUUUAAAUAUUUGUCUUUUGCAGUCCUUUGUUAUUCUGACAUAUUCUGAGUUUUUGCUGUUUUAUAAUUUAUCCUUCAUUAUUCAAAAGCAUGCUUACUUAGAGAAACUUCAUGGUCUUUAUAAAAGUAAUUAUUUAAAAAGAAAUUGGGGAGGAUAGUACAUAAGUCUCUUUAAAACACUACAGUGUGGAAGGGGAGCGCUUCCUACAUGUUGUCACGAUUUGCAUGGUUUAAUCAGAUUCUUUUUACUUUGUUAAGCUACCUUUUCACUGCAGAAGAGUCAGCUCACAGAAUGCCACGUUAGCGCAGGUGUGGACUGCAUGCUGUGUCAGCUGCAGGGCAGUAACCCAGUGGUGUUUUUACAAAAGUACAAUAUGUUGAGAAUCCUGGGUGUGACCAAUAUGGAACAAAGAAGGCAGAAAGAGAGCAAAUGAAAAAUUACAACUUGUAUAUUUAUUUUUUACAUUUUGCUUCGACUUUUCAAUUUAGAAAGUACAUUUUUACCCAAGAACAAACGUGUAAGUUCCUGUGUCGGCCUCAGUGCUCUCACUGCGCCUUCCCAACCCCAUAGCUCCUUAUGCUGGGAAAGCUGAUUUUUUUUUUUUAAAGAAAAUAAAAAUAUUUAAUCUUAUAAGUGUUUAUUUAAAUGUGUAAUAAUGCUUUGGAAAUAAUGGGUAACAGAUAACUAAAGGGUAUGUUUAUAAAGUGAGCAUGUUGGUUCCAUUUAUAAAUAAAUGUAUGAUUUAUAAGCUUUUUUAAAACAGCUCAAAUUGUUGGUAUUUUUCUAAAAUGUGCACAGCUGUAUUUUACAUGAAGGCUCUUUCUAAUGGGUUGUUAUACUGUACUCUACAUUUUGGACAGCAUAUGAAGUCUGCCAAUGUACUUAAUAAAACAUGACUUUGUUUAUUUAAAGUUUCUUGCUGUGAAAAAGAACUCCCUACCUGUGAGUUCCUUUAUUUAUAAUCCUUGAAACCAAAAUGUAUAAUGUACAGUUUUCACAACUGUAUGCUCUAAAAAAAAAAGUUGGUUAU